CUUUGUCACAUUCUCUGCAGGUUAUGUUCUCUUUUGAAGCCGGACGAAGAUGUGAAUCUGGGCCGGGGAGCUUCACCUUCGAGACAAAGCAGGGAAAUGAAAUAUUCCACAUUGUUGAGGAAUCCAUUCGGGAGCAGAAAGCCCAAGCUGAAGAACGACACCAAAGUUGUCCAUCAUUAGACUCAGACUGCCCAGCUCUCCAGCAGAUCCGUGCUGCCAUCUCAGAAGCAAACAGUCGUGAACCAGAUGGAGAUUCUGGUGGUAGCAAGCCUGGGUCUGCAGAUGGUGUCUUUGGUAGAAAGGAGAACGAUGGGAAAAAUUUAAAGGGCCGAAGCCUUCCAGAGCCGCCACCUCCCGUUGGUGGGACCCCGCCGCGAUCUCCCAUGCCACGUGGGUCCAAAAAUCUGUUAGAGGACCAAGGGAGUCUAUACUCGGAGCCUGCUGACUCGGUCCGUUCGCUGCCCAGCCCAGGAGACUGUUUGUACUCUGACCCGGUAGACAGUAUCAAAGUCAUGCCCACUCCUAACCCACGUCUCAGGCCGACUGGCGAUGAUGGGGGUAGCCGCAACCCAGGCAUCAAGCCUGAUCCAUUCUAUUCAGACAUCUAUGAUCAGAUCAGUCUGGACUUGGUUCAGAGGACAGUGGGAUUGGGACUCGAUGGGCAAAGUAGGCACCCUGCAGAUGGAGGUCCUACAGAGCACAUCUACGAUGAGCCAGAGGGACGUGCUGGAUCUGCACUGCCUAUUAUCACGCUUUAUGAUGAAGCACGGUUGGAAAUGCAUCCCUGGAGAACCAGGGGAACGGAGGAGCCUCAAGGUCACGAGGUGGCUCAACAACCACUGCCAGUGCCCAGACCAAAAGGCCCCAAACCUGUCACAGCACCCAAACCAGGCAAAGUAGCACUGCCCAAGAAAGACCCUCCUCCGUUGCCUCAAAUUAAAGGCAGUGUUAACCUGAACAACAAUAACAGUAGCAACAGCCACAACAGCACGGAAGGUGGCAGAAGAGGUGCUGGUGCAGGAAAUGUGGAGAUUUACAGUAAAGUAUCUAGACAUCAGCCACCUCCAAAUGCGUGGCAUCCUACCAUGCAGUCUCCAGACAUCAUCUAUGACAACUUGGGUGACAUUUGACCUAACCUUUCAAUUUAGGCAGUCUGGUCUCCUUUUCCUUAACCCUUAGAUCUUUAAUUUAAGGAAAUGUGUUUAUGGUUAACAAGGGAGCGCUCAGCAUCAGUGCUCGGAUUGAAACCUCAGUCAUAUAGUCACUGACUGUCAAAAUGAUUGAGAGCUAAGACUGUACAAAACUUUUAUAUGGAUAAUGCCCUCUGAAAGGGCUUGUACUGGCACAUGCCAGAUUUUUGCACUUCUUGGGCAAAGUAAUCCUUUUUGUAAAUUUGAGUCUGUGACUUUUGUAUCGGAAGAGAUUAUGAAGCACUUGUCAUAACACUCGGCUCCCUGGAGAAUCGAGUGUUGUUGUGUGAACGUUAUCUACCAGAUGUAAUUUAAUGGUUAAAGUGCAAAGACAAAAAGGUCAGUUUUUGCACGUACAAACCUUGAAUUGUUUUGCAUGGGGAUUGUAGCAAAAGGAUACUAAUCCACUGCUAUGAGUGUGUGUUUUAUAUGUAUGUGAAUGAGUCAGCAGCUGUGCUGUUGUUUAACAUGAUGACGAUGAUAAUAAAAAUUAUAG